UCUCUCAAUUCUCCCACGCCAUGUCCUCUUACAGCUCCCUCCCCUCGCCCUCCUCCUCCUCCUCCGCCGUCACGCGCCCACACACCUCCCCACGCGCCUCCUUCGCCACGCGCCGCCCCUGGGAAGAGGUGUUCGCGCUCUACUCCUUCACGCGCCCCUACUCGGUGGGCGAGGCCGCCAUGCGCGUGAGGCGCAACCUCGACCACUUCCGCGUCAACUACUUCAUGAUGGCGCUGUUCGUCUUGUUCCUCAGCCUGCUCUGGCACCCCCUCUCCAUCAUCGUCUACUUGGCGGCGCUGGCCGCCUGGUUCUUCCUCUACUUCUUCCGGGAUGAGCCCCUCGUGCUGCUCGGCGCCGCGCUCCACGACCGGGCCCUUGCGGCCACGCUGGCGGCGGCCACUGUGCUGGCGCUGGCGCUCACCGGGGUCUGGGAGAACGUGGUGGCUGCGGUGGUCCUGGCGGUUGUAAUUGUUGCGUUGCACGCUGCGUUUAGGAGCACGGAAGAUUUGUACGUGGAUGAGCACGACGGUGGGUUGAUUUCGGUGGUGGGGGGUACCCCGACCAAACGAACAGGGUACACCACCCUAGUAUUAUAGGUCACACCAACGCAUUGCAUACUCAUUUCGCUUCUUCUUACCGUUACUGUUACAUACCAUUUAUUUAUUUUAUGCAAAUAUAUUCAUUCUUAAGGGAAAAGGUUACGCUAUUUAUUCUCACUUUUCGUGUAUACUGCCUUUUUUUUCACGACAUGUUUUCUUGGGAUGGGGAUUUUAGUAUGUAAAUUUUGAAGGCUUUCGAUUUUUUAUUUUGGAUUCUUUGUUACUUUGAUUUUGACAUGCUCUUGCAUUGGAUUAGGUAUUAAAUUUUGGCUAAUAUUUUAUUUUUUUUAACGCUAUAUAUUUAUUAAUCA